GGUGAAAACUACUUGAAUGUCAAAAGAAGUCGAAGGAUAUUCAUUUUGUAAAGAUAGUGAAACAGUGAAAGAUUGUGUUAGGAUAAUCUCAAUUAUUAUGUGCAAAAUAUAGGAAUGUUUGAAUUUGGCAGUUCAUUAGUUAUUUUUAACAAAAUUUUCUAAAUCAAAGAUUUGUUCAAUGCAAUGCGGUUCCAAGGGGGAGAACAAAUUAAAGCAUGGUUGUUAUCAACUUUGAUGGUUCAUAGUGCAGUUGCUGGGAAUCCUGAUGCAAAAAGACUUUAUGAUGAUUUACUAAGUAACUACAAUAAACUUGUACGCCCUGUAGUAAAUACGACAGAUGUUCUAAAAGUAUGCAUAAAGUUAAAAUUGUCACAACUCAUUGACGUGAAUCUCAAAAACCAAAUAAUGACGACAAACUUAUGGGUCGAACAAUCCUGGUACGACUACAAAUUGAGAUGGGAACCUAAAGAAUACGGAGGGGUACAUAUGUUACACGUUCCCUCAGAUCAUAUCUGGCGUCCGGAUAUCGUUUUAUAUAACAAUGCUGAUGGUCAUUAUGAAAUCACCCUUUUAACAAAAGCAACUGUCCAUAAUAGUGGGCUUGUUAUGUGGCAACCACCUGUGGUCUAUAAAUCAUCUUGUUCAAUCGAUGUUGCACAUUUCCCAUAUGAUGUUCAGACGUGCAUACUAAAAAUAGGAAGUUGGACUUAUGAUGGUUUUAAGGUUGACCUGAGACAUAUGGAUGAACAGCAAGGCAAUAAUAUUGUGGAUGUCGGUGUAGAUCUUUCGGAGUUCUAUAUGUCUGUGGAGUGGGACAUUCUUGAAGUUCCUGCAGUAAGAAAUGAAAAAUUCUACACCUGCUGCGAUGAGCCAUACUUGGAUAUUACGUUUAAUAUAACUAUGAGGAGGAAGACGUUGUUUUACACAGUUAACAUAAUUAUUCCAUGUAUGGGUAUUUCAUUUCUAACCGUAUUGACUUUUUACUUACCUUCGGAUAGCGGAGAGAAGGUCACUUUAUCUAUCUCUAUACUGAUCAGCUUGCAUGUGUUUUUUCUCUUGGUAGUCGAAAUUAUUCCUCCCACUUCGCUAGUUGUACCACUUUUGGGAAAAUAUCUCAUAUUUGCAAUGAUAUUAGUAUCAAUUAGCAUUUGUGUAACGGUCGUUGUGCUGAAUGUUCACUUUCGAUCUCCACAAACACACCGGAUGGCUCCAUGGGUGAAAAGUGUUUUCGUAAAUUUGCUUCCACAGUUCUUAUUUAUAAAAAGACCAAAAUACAACAUUGAAACAAGUGGAACCACAUCAUUUACUGGAAGCUGUCAGAUUCAUGGAUGUGGUCCCCCUCUUACGCAGCAGGUUACCGAAAACCUACUAGCAGCAACUAUUUAUAUGGAAAGUCCUACUGAGGUUAAAGGCCAAAUAAUAAGAAAUGAAUGUCUUUUACAUACAAACACUCAAGUAAAAGUACAUCGGAGCUGUUUUUGUGUACGAUUUAUAGCAGAACAUACAAAACUGUUAGAAGAUUCCACAAAGGUCAAAGAAGAUUGGAAGUAUGUCGCCAUGGUAUUAGAUCGAUUGUUUUUAUGGAUUUUUACAUUAGCCGUUUUGGCAGGAACCGCUGGUAUAAUACUUCAAGCACCUACAUUAUAUGACGAUCGGAUCCCAAUAAUUGAGAAUAAAAAAAUAGAUUUUUCCGGUAUCUCAGCGGGUCGAUGUCGUCCGUCUCAAUAGGCUCCAAUAUUAACCAAUACAUUUUGAAAAAAAAAACAUUGCCUAUUGUCGUAAUUGUUUACCUAUACAGUAUUAUUUUACUUGUAAGUAUUAAAUUUGUUUUAAAUAUUUAUUGUAUAAAAAUACUCUGUUAAAAACUUUUUUUAAUAAUUAACAUUUAUUGUUCUCUAAUGUGUACACAACAUCAAACAAUUUCCAGAGUAAAUAAAUAAUUAAAAGGAAUUAUUUUUUUAUCUUAUUGAACUGUAAGAAAUAUGUUUAGAAUUAUUUAAUCUCAGUUGUAAAAGCGAUAAUAGUCGCGUACUUAAAUAAGAGACGAUCCACAAAUAUAUUAUUGGAACCUGAUUUUCCAAGAAUGUAUUAUACCCGUACUUAUGUUUAAAAUGAAAAAAAUUUCAAAUGUUUUUAAUAAAAAUUAUCAUUUAUUCAACAAGUUAACAUAACAUAAAACAAAUUUAAGAGUUUUAACUACUUUCUAACCACAGAUUCUUCAGAUCCUUGAAAAGGAAAUUUGGUAAGUGUCGAGUUAAGAUUAUGUUGAGGCCGAUUCCGUUUGAAUUAACGAGUUUUUGGGUUGAGUUUUCACGUUAUAAUAUUUAAUGUGUAUUAUAAAUAUGUAGGUUUAAAAUGAUGGGUACAAUAUUAUGUAGAUAUGUGAACAAUAUGGGUUAAUUGUUAUUGUGUAAUGAAUUAUAAUAAAUGUUAGUAUAUCGUAACUAUAUCGACCUGUGGUAUAAUUCCUUAUGUUGUGUAGUGUUUAAUUCCUCCUUCUGUUGGUUGUGUGGAUUCCUAAUUCUUAUUUUGUUAUCUCCUGGGUUUUGUGGGUUUAUGUUGUAUUAGUUUUCACUUAAAACCUUUGUGUUUUUAGUCAAUUUGUUAGCGCGGGUUUUUUUGUUUUUAUACUCUCGCAACAAAUGUUGCUAAAGAGAGUACUAUCGUUUUGUUCACAUAACGGUUGUUUGUAACACCCAAAACUAAACGAGUUAGAUAUAGGGUUAUAUAUACCAAAGUGAUCAGGGUGAAGAAUGGAGUUCAAAUAUCUAUCUGUCCGUCCGACUGUGCAAUCUGUAACUUGAGUAAAAAUUAAGAUAUCUUGAUGAAACUUGGCACACUUAUUUCUUGGCACCAUAGGAAGGUUGCUUUCGAAAUAAGCAAAAUCGGACCACUGCCACGCCCACAAAAUGGCGAAAACCGAAAACAUAUAAAGUGUCAUAAGUAAGCCAUAAAUAAAGCUAUGGAAAUAAAAUUUGGUAUGAAGGAUCGCACUAUGAAGGGGCAUAUUUGGAUGUAAUUCUUUUGGGGAAGUGGGCGUGGCCCCGCCCCAAAUAGGUUUUUUGUACAUAUCUCGGAAACCAAUAAAGCUAUAUAAACUAAACUUUCUGCAGUCGUUUUUUUAGCCACUUCCUAAUACAA